UUCGUUUUAGUAUCCUGGACGAUGAUCUAGUUUCUAUAUGGAAGCUUUUACAAGUGUUAGAAAACAUAGAACCCCUAUGUCAGUUUAUUGAAAAAACCCUAUUGAAACCACUAAAGGACAACAGCAUCGUAUACUCAAACGAGGAAGCUUUAAAACAAGCAUUCAUGGAUGCCAUGAUUCUCACCCUCCGCUCUGACAUCGAGCCUGAAUUCCUUAAUAAUAUCCAAAAGGCAGAAAGCGAUAGGCUAUGCAUGGGAAUGGAGCUAGAGGAUGCUAUCAAAGUAUCCAGAUCGUUGUUAGAAAAAUCAGAAGAUGUAGUCUUGGAACUGAAAAUCGAUGACCAGUACCAAAAAGGGCAAAAAACGAUUGCAAAAGCUUUAGA